AUGACAAGAGCUCAGGCAUCCUGGGUGCGAGCCCUGCUCCUGAUAAGCGCGACCAUCACCCAAGCAACGAUUGAUCUCCACAACACCAAUGUACGGCCCGAAACCGUCGGGAGAAGGAUUGAGGACUUGAUAUCAGGGGCCGAGCGGUCGCAAGGAAAUCCAGUAGAAGCACUCAACGUACCUGUCACCGAAAAAGCAAAUGCACUGCACAACGGGAACAUCGCCGCCAGGAUCGCACAGAACGGACUAGACGCAAACGCCUUGCUAAUCGGAAUCGCGCAAGGACAAGGCCAAAGGAGCAGCAGCGCAGACAUCAGCACGAGCGACGUGGGAGGUGACCUUGCAAAUCAGAUUGCUGGCGGAGGUUCAACUAGCAUCGACAGCAUCCUUAGCGGGCUCGAUGGGCAAAAGCCGGGCGCAUCGACGAAUCAGACCAGUAUACCACAAGGGCAGGGCCAAAGUCAGCGUCAGAACCCUGAACAGGUGCCGUCACAAGGGGGUACCCAAAAGAUAGGAAGUGACAUCAACUCGAGCAAUGUCGCAGGUGAUCUUGCAAAUCAACUAGCUCCGAAGCCCGCAGCAGGAGAGAGCACCGUCAACGACAUUGCUGGGGACUUAGCAAACCAACUCGCGCCCAAUGGACAGGGCCAGCUACCAUCACCAACCCAAGCUGAAGCACAACAGAACGGCAGUAACGCUCAACCUAUCCAGGUCAUCUCAACCGUCAUCACAGAAGCCAAUGGGCAGAAGCUCGCAACGGCGCUAGUAGAGGCCGCAUCUCAGCAAGCAGCUGCUCCCACACCAGCCGCUGCAGGUGAAGCAUCCGCAACAGCAGAAGCAACAUCCGCAUCACCAGUGGCGACUGGGGAAAGCCCAGCUGCACCGUCACCACCUGCUGGAGAGUCAGCAGCGGGAUCUUCCUCUGCGUCCAAACCAGCAAAAACAGUCUUUCCCGCAGGAAAAUCAGCUCUCCCAGCUGUAACCCCAAUCCCUUGGACAAAUUCUCCUAUGGCCGCUGGAUCUUCAAACAGCAAGAGUAGUAUGGAGGCUGCUAUGCCCGCUGCUGAGUCUAUGGCGACUGCUACUCUAGCCACAGGCAAAAACUCUACAGCCCUGGCUGCCGCACCCCCUGCUACUGCUGUCACUGUCUCUGCAGGAGGAGAGCUCACAGCCGGUGCAAAAGGUGCCUCAAACUCGACCGCUGCCAGUGCAACAGCAAUUGACUCGGCUACGCUCACGCCUGGAGGUCUGGCUGCAACGACCACGACCAUGGUGGGCAUGGCAGUUACUGUUCAGGCGGGUGGGAGUGGUAGUAACGGCACUGCUGGCGCCAAUAAUGCCUCGACGAGCGCUUCUUCUAGUGGUGCUGGUGCUGCGGCAGCUGUCACAGUCGUUGCUGGCGACGGAACCAACGGAACUGCCAAUGCGGCCGCAUCUUCUUCAUCGUCUGCUGGGUCCGCAGCGGCUGCCGUCACCGUUGUCGCAGGAGAUGGAACCAAUGGAACCGCCAACGCAGCAGCAUCUUCCUCUUCAGUCACAGCCUCAAUGAACACAGCUUCUCUCAAGCCUACCGGCAUCGCAGCCGCAUCGACUACCACAGGCGCGGCUGCAGCCGUCACUGUCGUCGCAGGAACCGGUGGCGCCGCGGCAGCUACGGCAGCUUCUCAAUGCAAUUGCGCUUGCAUGUGUCCUGCCGGUUCCUUCCCCAUGUCCGCACCGCAAGCCCAGCCCUUCCAACUAGGCUCCAUGAGCAGCGCGCCAUCGGGAAGUGCGAGCACAAUGCAAACCGUAGUCGGUAGUGCGGUGACAGUGGUAGCCGGAGGCGAAGCGCCACCCGGUGCUCAACAAGCUGCUUCCACGAGCUCGAGCAGUACCGCAUCUAUCGACUCGGCUACACUGACCCGCCCUGGUCUCAUGGCUGGGACUACGACGAGUGCGGCUGGAGCGGGGGUUACCAUGGUAGCUAGUGGAGAUGCUUCUGUCUCUACCUCGGCCGCUUCUGGGUCCACUACUGCUGUGACAUCUGCGUCUAGUUCCAUCUCGCCUUCUGUCGAAGUAUCACUUGCACCUGCAUCUUCUGCUACGUCUUCCUCGUCCACACCACAGGCCACGACGAGUGCAGUUGCUCAAAGCCAAGUUGCGGCCAACGCGCCUGCACCUACUGCUGUUGGGGACAGUUCGGCACAACCCUUGCCCUUUGAUAUCAGUACGGUUGCGUUGCAGAGUCGGGUCACGGUGAACUUGGGGAGGAGGUUGGUCAAGCCGACGGAAGUCAAGAGGGGGUGGUGGUAG